AUGACUACAUAUCAUAUCCGUGAUGUCGAUAAUGAGAUCAAGGGUCGUCUGGCUCUUGUCACUGGGGCUAGUGGUGGUAUCGGUUCAGGUAUCGCAAGAGCUCUAGCAGCAGAAGGCUGCGAUGUCGUCCUUCACUGCAACUCCAGUCUUCACAAAGUCGAAUCCCUAUCCAAGGAACUGUCAUCAAACUAUCCAGAGCAGCUCUUCCCCUGUGUCUCAGCCGAUCUAAGCAACCGCGAUCAAACUCGUGGUCUCGUCGAUAAGGUCUUUCAAGAUUCGACCGUCUCAGCCAAGCACAAGGCAGUCUCUAUCCUCGUCGCCAACGCCGGUCUCGGCAGACGUAUCCGUGAUAUUAAGGAUAUGGAAGAGGAUGACUGGGAUACUGUAAUGGAGGUUAACUCGAGGAGUCAAUUUGUUGUAACAAAGGCUUGUUUGCCCGGUAUGCGUCAGCAAAGCUGGGGACGGGUGAUUCUUAUUGGAAGUAUUUCAAGUAUGGGUGGUGGGAUCAAUGGGUGUCAUUAUGCGGCUACCAAGGGUGCUUUGAGUUCCAUGGGAAAGAACCUAGCUACGGUCCUAGCUGGUGAGGGAGUAACUGUCAAUACCAUCCUUCCGGCAAUGAUUGGAUUUACAGACAUGAUCCCCACCCCAAAGUCAACGACAUGGACGAACAAAACAGACCUUGAAGAACUCAAGGAAACAGAUCCGGGCCUCGCCAUCGCCGCCAGUGUCCCAGUACGACGUCUGGGUCAUCCUCAAGAAGUUGCCAAUGUGGCAGUCAUGAUGGCAAAAACCGGAUACAUGACGGGUCAAGAUAUUCUUCUGUCUGGUGGUCUCAAGUAG